UGGCAGAUUGAAAGCAUGAGGGAGACUGCUGUUCCGUUUGAUCUCAGCGUAAUUGGCGUUCCCAGUUGUCCUAAAAGCGGUAAUUUUUUAGAAGUUUGGGUUGAAGGUUCCUCUCUUCACUACUCGGAAAGCCGCUCAAGUCGCCUCUAUCCAGAGAAAACCUUUGGCCGAUCCAUCAAAGACUCCCAGUGCCAGCACAUGCUAAAGCACCUUCACAAUGGCGCCCGGAUCACUGUGCAGAUGCCUCCCAGCGUGGAGGGCCACUGGGUGUCCACCAGCUGUGAGGUCAGACCAGGCCCAGAGUUCCUGACACGCUCCUACAGGUUUUACCCCAACAACACCUUCCAGGCUCACCAGUUUUAUUAUGAGGACAACCACUGCACCAAACCCAUCUACACGCUGGUGAUUCGGGGUCGACUGCGCUUACGCCAGGCCUCCUGGAUCAUCCGCGGUGGCACAGAGGCGGAGUACCAGCUCCAUCGUGUCCAGAUGGUGUAUCACACAGCCACCGUGGACAAAGAGCUCAGCCAGAGGCUCAACCGCAGCUGCCGAGGGGCAGUGAAGGGCGCCUGGGAACCCAACACGAUGUACGAGCUGGUGAGCGAGGAGGGCGACUACGACUGCACCAGAGAGCUUAACUUUGCCAUGCAUGAGCUGCAGCUGCUGAGAGUGGAGAAGCAGUACCUGCACCACAACCUGGAUCACCUGGUGGAGGAGCUGUUUCUAGGAGACAUACACACUGAACCAUCGCAGAGGUUGUACUACAAGCCGUCCAGCUACCAGACCGCUUUGCAAAACGCCAAGGAUGCAAUUUCUGUAUUUACACUGCUGAAAAGGAGUUUCCCCGCUGGCUGAAACCCUAGAGUGAUGUUUUCACUGUCACCCUCUACAGAGAUCACAAUGAAAUCCUGUUCGGGUCCGCUGUCUAAAUAAACAUUCAUAUGUAUGGGGAUGACGGGGCUUGGUGUUGCUGAUCAGAAUGUAAACAGUGUGUGGGGUGAUGAGCUGUGAUCAGACAAGCUCCCCUGUGGCGCUGUAAUGACCAGAGCUGCUCUCCUUAAGCCCCUCUGGCCUGCAGAGAUGCAAUGUGAAACCGAGCCCAUCUCUGGGAGCAAUCAUCAUGCGGUAUUCCUAGAAUUUGGAUUGAUGCGGCCAUAUGAAUUAGUCCAGUGAGCACAUACCAGCUCCGAUCUUAUGCGUGCCUGGGGCUCAAAUCAAACUGUUGCAUUUGCUCCGUUUUGUUUUCAAUCUUUUUGGAAUAAAAAAAGGAAGUUGGACUGUUGGCGGAAUUUUCAGUGACACUUCCAAACUGGGAAUCAGUCCUAGAGUUGCAGCCUUGAAGGGAAAAAAGGGAGUUUUUGCUUCUGUCUCUUUCAUUUCUGUUACCACUCCAGUUCAGUUAAUGUCAGUGAAGUUUCUUUUUAACAAACCUUAUAAAAAGUAUUCUCUU